AUGGGUGACCUCAGUAUUUUAAUUCUUGACAAAAUGUGUGUGAGAUAUCUUGGAUUUGUUCUUUUGGUUUGGUUCCCAGGAGGACUGCAUUCACAAAGUGCAGGUCAGUCGUGUCGUCCGACUCAUGAUGGUGGUUAUUUGGUCCCGAAACAAGACUUUUAUUCUCACGAAGCCAACCUCACAUAUGGCUGUGAUAGCGGACUUAAACCAGCAGUGGAGGGUUGGUGGGCCACAAUCACAUGUCAAAAUGGUGAAUGGUCGCCUCAACCACAGUGUAUAGAUGAAAAAGCCUGCAUUCCACCAGAUAUACCCAAUGCACAAUACAAAAAAAACCUCAGAGGUUGGUACGAGAAAUGUGACAAAGGAUAUGAACACAAAGGCCGGGAUGCUACAGCCAUAUGUACAAAUGGAACAUGGUCCUCUGUGCUGGUCUGUGAGAAAAGUAUCGAGGCAUGUGGUGAGCCCCCUAAAAUCCCCCAUGCAGUCAUCAUCCAUCAGAAAUACCAGGAGUUGUUUGCUGCAGAUUCAGAAGUGCAGUAUGAAUGUGAAGAUGGAUAUACUGUAGAGGGAGGAGGAACCAAGGAAUACAUCACUUGCAUGUCUGGAAGCUGGACUGAAGGCCCAACGUGCAACAGAGGAACCAGUUUAGGUACUGGAGAUGAUGGAGGUACAUCUGGCAGCAGGACACCACCUGCAGAUGGAGGAUGGUCUGCCACCUCUGGCUCGAAUGAGAGAGACAGGAGACCUCCAUUCACAGAAGUCGUCCACUGUGGAGCAUACCCAAUCGUACCAAACGGUGAUGUUGUGAAAGAAGAUCCAAUGUUUUUGAAAUACCAAUGCAAUGUCUUUUAUAAACAAGUGGGUUCAGACACCGUGAGGUGUCACAGUGAAGGCAACUGGUCACAACUACCCAUCUGCCAAGAGGCAUUCUGUGUCAUAGAUCCUGCUCAAUAUCCUGUGCGCAAUGUUAAAUUAUCUGGACGUGAAUAUCUAAAUGAAGGAAAAACAAAGGUGUUUGCUCAUAAAGCACAGCCGACGAUUCGCUGCUCGACUGACAACUAA